AUGGGAGAUUCUGGGGGUUUGGCCUUCCUUUGGAAGGAUAUGACUAUUGAUUUGAAAUUGGUUGCUUCUUCUCCUUGCUGGAUGUUGGCUUUGGUUAGAAGUUGUGUUUUGAAUAUUAAACAGUUGUUUAAUGUUUAUGGUCCAAUGUCAAUUGGCGAUAAGAAAGCUCUUUGGGAUUCCUUAUCCCUCACUCUUUCCCCUCUUCAUGGUCAGUUUGUGGUUUUUGGAGGAGAAUUUAAUGCCAUCUCCUCUGAUGAUGAGAAGUGUGGGGGAAUUCUUCCUAAUAAACGUAUCUUGGAGGAUUUCUCUGCUUUCAUUUUAAAUAAUGAUCUGGUGGAAUACAAUUGGAUCUCCUCUAAUGUGGAUGUGGUUGCCUCGGUCUUGCCUUAUGCUGGCUCAGAUUAUUUUCCAGUUGUGUUAUCCAUCUUUGAUGACAAAGCCCCUGGUCAUUCUUCUUUUAAGUUUGAACCUAUGUGGUUUUGUAAUCCUUCUUUUUUUUUGCUCUUACAAUCCUGGUGGUCUAUGGCUCCUUAUGUUCAAGGUACUAGGAUGUUUCGGUUUGCUAAAAAACUCUCUUAUCUUAAGCUAGAAAUCGAGAAAUGGAAUGUUUUGCAUUUUAAAAAUAUUUUUUCUGAGAAAGCUAAGAUUCAGGAAGAACUUGAAGCUCUUAAUGAUAGGGUUAUGAUUGGUGGCAUGGAUUCUACUACUUUUCAGAAGCAUAAGUCUUUGAAUUCUCAGUUAGAAGAGAUCCUCUCCAGAGAAGAAAUCUACUGGCAACAAAAAUAUAGAGAUUUAUGGUUGAGUGAUGGGGAUCAAAAUACCAAAUUCUUCCACACUUCAACCAAGUUGAAAUGCCAACGUUGUAGGAUCUCUUGUAUUCAGAACUCUGAUGGGGUUGUAUUCAUUGAAGAAUCGGAGAUUGUUACUGAGGGUGUCUAG